AAAGCGGGAUAGCAACAUACAAAGACUUCUAGAACUCUUAUUUUUUUUUGAAUUUGUGGAUUUUUUGUUUGUUUUUUUCUAACAACACGCCAGCGUGUAAUUCAACUUCCAUGAGUCUCAUAUGUCGUAUGUGUAGACGUUAUUUUGUCCAUUGGAAGCAUACACCCUCAACCUCAUUAUGCCAUGAACAAGUGUGCAUCCCGAUACCCCUUCUUCCUCUCCUUGCCAUAUUCAUUGUCUUUUCUCUAAACAAUCUGAUUAAUGUAGGAGAUUACACUACUUUGAAGUCUAUAUAGGGAUAUGUUCUCUCUAAAUUUGAAUUCAUCAAUCAAAUCAUUCUCUUGUUUUACAAAAUUAACCAAAACUUUAUCUUUCCCUUUUUCUUCCUUUUCUUCUCCACAAUGGAUGCCAUUAACAUCAUCACCUUCUUAGGUCUCUUCCUCUCCCUCCUUUUAGCAACCAACCUCUUCUUAAGCAACAAAAGCAGCUUGAAGAAGAAUCUCCCUCCAAGUCUUCCUAAUUCCCUUCCCAUCCUUGGUCAUCUCUACCUCCUGAAGAAGCCCCUCCACCAAUCCCUAGCCCAUCUCUCUGCCAAGCAUGGUCCUAUUCUUCUCCUCCGUUUCGGAAUCCGUCCCGUCCUCGUUGUCUCCUCCGCCUCCCUCGCCGAAGAGUGCUUCACCACCAAUGACGCUACCUUUGCUGACCGCCCUCGAUUCCCUUCUGUUUCUGUAAUUACCUACAACUACACCAGCCUCCCUUUCGCUGCCUAUGGCCCUGACUGGCGAGAGAUGCGUCGAAUUGCCACCAUUGAAGCACUUUCGUGCCAUCGUCUCGCCUUUUUUGCUUAUGUCCUGGAUGACGAGGCACGUGCCCUCGUCCGACACCUUUUUCGUAACUAUGGGAUGGUAGAGCUUAGGCCAAGCUUAUUCGGGCGGCUUAAUGUGAAAUUUUUUAUCAGCUUCCUGGAUUAUCAGUUGUGUCAAUUUUCAGGGAAGAGGUAUUAUGGAGAGGAUGAUGGGAAGGACAAUGUGGUAUAUAAGUUCAAGGAGGUGAUAGAGAAGAUCACCUUGCUUUCUGGCAUGACCAAUGUCGGCGAUUUUUUAUCGGCAAUGAUCAUGUGGAUUACAAGUCAAGGAGUGAAGAGAAAGAUGGUGAGGUAUCACAAGUACAGGGAUAAGAUUAUUCAAUCACUCAUCGAAGAGCGCAGGAGGAAAAAAAGAGAAGAGGAUGAGGAUAAAAAAGAUGGGGAGUUGAAGGAGAAGAAUAGGAUUAAUAAAACAAUGAUUGAUGCUCUGCUCUCUUUGCAGGAGAAGCAACCAAAGCAAUAUACUGAUGUUUUCAUUAAGGCACUUAUUUUGAGCUUAAUAUCUGCAGGCACGGACACUUCUUCAAAUACAAUUGAAUGGUCAAUGUCUCUUUUAUUAAACAAUCCAGAUAAACUAGAGAAGGCAAGACAAGAGAUAGAGAAGCAAGUCGGACAUGACCACCUCCUAGAUGAAUCAGAUCUCACCAAACUGCCAUAUCUUCAUUGUAUUAUCAACGAAACACUUCGCUUAUACCCAGUUGGGCCUCUCCUACCUCACAUAGCAAGAGAGAAUUGUAAAGUUGGAGGCUACGAUGUGGACCGAGGCACAAUGCUUUUAGUAAAUGUUUAUGAAAUUCACAGAGACCCCAUGCUUUGGCUGGAACCUACCAAGUUUGUACCUGAAAGGUUCCAAAACGUAGAAGUAGGAGGAAAGUUAAUGUCAUUUGGAUUAGGGAGAAGAAGGUGUCCGGGAGAGGGGCUUGGAUUGAAAGAGGUUGGUCUGGUAUUAGGAACUCUGAUUCAGUGCUUCGAGUGGAAGAGGAUUGGACCUGAGAAGGUGGACAUGACACAAGGAUCGGGCAUUAGCAUGCCAAGAGCAAAUCGUCUCAAAGCACUAUGCAGUCCACGUGAAUACAUGAUCAGCCUGCUAUCUAAAUUAUAGAUUUUAGAUCAAGCUUAUAGAGGCAAUUAUAAGAAUGAAAUUUAUGUUCAAUAAUUUGUUUUGUGAACACAAUGUGCUGUGUAACUCUUGUUUUGAUGAAUUUAAGAUAAUAUUUUGUCGUUGUGAUUCAGG